CUUGUAGUUCAGCCGGACGCGGGCGGAAGUACCGUGGCUUCGACGCUGUUGUGGCAGGGUGGCUUUUGGUCUAAGGAAAGCCGCCGCCGCGAGUGCGGGGAAGAAGGCUGGAAUCGCUGCGGUGGGGGCGGGGUUCGCAGCGGCAGUCUGCAGGAGUGAGUGGGGAACUGGGCUCCCCGCCCACGCGCCGUCGGGACAGCGAGGCUGCUCUCCCCGCACCUCCUCACGUCCCACGGGCAGGGUGCUGUAUGAGAACGUAAAAGGAAGAGAAAUUUAUUUUCUGUAGACUGUUUGAGCCGUCGAUAAGGAGUGCCUGUGAAGAAAACGGGGUAUUUCCCUGAGGCCUGUAUCCUACCUUGAUUGUCUUUUCUUGAAGUAUUAUAAAUCAGGAUGUCUGCACAGUCAGUGGAAGAGGAUUCAAUACUUAUCAUCCCAACUCCAGAUGAAGAGGAAAAAAUUCUGAGAGUGAAAUUGGAGGAGGAUCCUGAUGGCGAAGAGGGGUCAAGUAUCCCCUGGAACCAUCUCCCUGACCCGGAGGUUUUCCGGCAGCGUUUCAGGCAGUUUGGAUACCAGGAUUCACCUGGGCCCCGUGAAGCUGUGAGCCAGCUUCGGGAACUUUGCCGUCUAUGGCUCAGGCCAGAGACACACACAAAAGAACAAAUCUUGGAGCUGGUAGUACUGGAGCAGUUUGUUGCCAUCCUACCCAAGGAGCUACAGACUUGGGUUCGAGAGCAUCAUCCAGAGAAUGGAGAGGAGGCAGUGACGGUGCUGGAGGAUUUAGAGAGUGAACUGGACGACCCUGGACAGCCGGUUUCUCUUCGACGACGAAAACGGGAAGUGUUAGUAGAGGAGAUGGUAUCUCAAGAAGAAGCUCAGGGAUUACCAAGUUCUGAGCUCGAUGCAGUGGAAAACCAGCUCAAGUGGGCAUCCUGGGAGCUCCAUUCCCUAAGGCACUGUGAUGAUGAUACUAGGACUGAAAAUGGAGCGCUAGCUCCAAAGCAGGAGAUUCCUUCAGCAGUAGAAUCUCAUGAAGUUCCUGGCACUCUCAAUAUAGGUGUUCCUCAAAUUUUUAAAUAUGGAGAAACCUGUUUUCCCAAGGGCAGGUUUGAAAGAAAGAGAAAUCCCUCCCGAAAGAAACAACAUAUAUGCGAUGAAUGUGGAAAACACUUCAGUCAGGGCUCAGCCCUUAUUCUUCAUCAAAGAAUCCACAGUGGGGAGAAACCCUAUGGAUGUGUUGAGUGUGGGAAAGCAUUCAGCAGGAGUUCUAUCCUUGUGCAACACCAGAGAGUCCAUACUGGAGAAAAACCUUACAAAUGUCUCGAAUGUGGAAAAGCCUUUAGCCAGAAUUCUGGGCUUAUUAAUCAUCAGAGAAUCCAUACUGGGGAGAAACCUUAUGAAUGCGUUCAGUGUGGGAAAUCCUAUAGUCAAAGCUCAAAUCUUUUUAGACAUCAACGAAGACACAAUGCAGAGAAACUUCUCAAUGUUGUGAAAGUUUAAGAAAUGAAAAAAAAAAUCAGCACUCAGGUCUUUUCUUCUGAAAUGAAGACAAAAUUAAAAACAUGAAAUGAUACAUAAUAGUUUUCCUAUAGACUUAGAAAAUCCACUGGGAAAUGUAGAAAAUUUUCACCCACUAUUAUUAUCUUAUCUUGAAAGAAAUGGUGUCAUACCUGCCUAGAAACUGACAUUUUAAACUUAAUUCAGGUGUUAAUGCCUAAAUCUUCCAUGUGAUGUUUAUAUUCUUAUUAUUUUUCCAAAUGAUAAACUACCUGAUUCUUUGUCCCUUUGUUAAAACUUUCCUCCUUAGACAGAUAUGUUAUUUGUGUUGAUCAUUGAAAUGUUCUUUACAAGGAUACAUUCCUUUCUACAUUGAAAAGCAAUGUAGGAAUUGUAAAAUCUGAAAACUGAAACCAUUUUUUCCAAAUUUACCAGUUUUCUUUUACCUAAUUUGAAUAUGCAUUUCAGAAAAUAGAAGAUAAAGGAUGACCAAAAACCUCAAAGUGUAAUGAGCCUUAAAACUCAGAUAAGAAGUGAUGGUGAUGAAACAUCAAAAAGUGAAUGGGACACCUAGAUUGGGGAAGAUUGACAAAUACUUUGAUCCAAGAAUUGAAGUAUAUCAAGAAUUUAUCUAGGUGUAGUUAGUUUCCUGCCUGCAGGAAAACUCAAAAAUAGCUCAUCUUACCUGUAAUUGGGAAGCAUCCCACUAAUGAAAAUAAUGUCCUCUCAUGUAUCAUUAGAAAGUGGACAGUCUAAACAAUAAACAGUUAUAAAACUAUGAAGGUAGAAAUUAUAACACUAGGGAAAGAUUUGUAGUGAAUGGCAGUGUUGAAGGGCAAAUGUAAACAAGAGUGAUGGUCUGUCUUGGCUUUUAGAAAACAAAAGACUUGAAGAUCUAAGUCAUUAUUUUUCCUUCAUUUUUAAGGACAGAAAAAUCCAUGACAGGUGGGCAGUGAGUAUCAGGUUUGCGAUUUUACUCCUUUGGUACAAAAGGAUUGAACACCAGGCUAACAAAGCAGCCAUGCAUUUAUUAAAUUUUCUACCGACAAGGCACUGUGCUAGGUACUGUAACCCUGCCAUAAUUAGGUAGGUAUUUCUUCCACUGUAAAUCAUUGGGGGUUGGUACAAAGCUGUUGCAUGUGAGUUAGCCUCUUCCCCCACCUCUGAGAUUCCUAGAGCCAUAGUUGUCUUACCAGGGUGUUGUAUUUGGGUAAAGGAAGACUCAGCUCAAAGAGCUAGCCAGCUCUUCAGCAAUCUUCAGAGGUGAGUCUGAGAUAACUAUCACAGUUUGGAGGUUUGUGGGUCUUUUAUAAAAAAAAAAAAAAAACUAAUCAAUCUCUAGUAGCAUUGAGGUUAUACUUACAUGUUAAGUUGAAUGGGUUCUAUUUAAAAAAAAAAAAAACUAGGUUAUAACAACUAGUUUAACUGUCAAGAGUUGGUGGAACUUUUUUUUUUUUCAUUUUAAGUCUUAACACAUUUUUUUAAUGUAUAAAAAUAAUACACAUUGUAGUAGUAGGAUCAUAUACUCCUUGUCUGAGAAUCCCAAGUACUGUGGUUCUGUUUAGUGGAAAACUCUGAAAGUUAAAAUAUAGAUAUGAGAAAAGGCUUUUUUAUAGUGGGCAUAAUUGUGUGGAAAAUGACCCAUGUGAAUAAAAAUAUUUCAUAGUUCCAGAGGUUUUGGUUACAUCUGGUACUUGGAUCAAAUUAAAAAAUGGAAGGUGAGAUUUGCAUGAGCCUGUUAAAAAGCAUACUAAUGCGAGGCCAGCUGGUGGAGAAGCGAGGCAGAAUGGAGCUUGUCUAUAGAUUUUCUGAUAACAAUUAUAAGAAAUGUGCUUUAUAGAUUAAGAUUUAUUGAAGUAUAAAUAUGUAGUAAUGAUAUAAUGUAUUUUAAGUUAUACAAGAAUAUGUAGGGACUUUUGUUUGGGUCUUCUCUUUGUGGCUGAGAGGAAACAAGUCAAUGUCCAAUAAAGCUAUAAAUUCCUCCACUCUAAGAUAAAACGGUCUUGGGUUGAUUGAUUUAUUUAUAACUGGCUUCUUUCCAAGUAGGUUUUGAGGUGGCAUAUUUGGAAUACUGCUGGGAUGACAGAAUUCUUUUAUCAGAGUAGGUAAGAAGGGAAUAACCUCUUGGUGGCUAGAAUUUCAUGGGUUUUUUUAGAUCUUAUUUUUCCUAUAUACAAAGAAGCUUUCCUGUGGUACAUUUUUCAUAAAUGCCAAAGAUGUUUGGUAUAAUGUGAGAGCUUAGAGAAAGUAUUUGAGUUGGCAAAUAUGAGGUUGUCUUGCCAUCUCCGAUACCUGUACGUUGUUUAGAAAGGAUUCUGAAACUAAGGCAAGGCUCUGGGGAAAAUGGGUUGGACCCAAAAAAACUGUGUGACAAUACACAUGAAAAGGAAGUGAUGGUCUGUGUACUCGCCAUCUCUGGUUAGUCUAAGUUCCCGCUAGACAAUUUGAUUUUAAAUAACUAUUUGGUGAUUUAUGAUUUCAUCCAGACAUUCAUAUACGUUAACACAGAUAAUCAUAUUGGCGAUUCUGGGGGGGUGCCCAGCCUCUGAUGAAGUGGUGAUCUGGCAGUUGCCAAGCAGUGGCAUCUGUUGGGUUAUCAAAUGAGCAGUCAUUGUUAACAGCAUGCAGACUGCUGAUGCCUGUCCAGUAGCCACUGAGCAUUUAUUUGCUCAUUACUGCUAAAUUUUCUUUUGGUUUUCUUGGAGGUUGAACUCCCCACAUUCACACCCAGUUGGCACUUGAUCAUUUAGCAAUAUGUCUAAUACAUUUGUGUAAGUUCAAGGGAGAGUUCUAUGUACUGAAGUAAUCUGCAUGCCAGACAUUGGAUUAGACACUUUACCUAUCUCACUUAGAUUUGUAGACUAGGAAAGCAAGAUUUAGAGAUUGUGUGACUUGCAUGUGGCCAAUUAGAGCUAAAACUCAAAAUCUAUUUCUGUGAAUUCCAGGGAUGUAUAUUUUUUCACAAUGCAAUGAAUGAUGGCUAUUAAACCUUGAUUGAUAAAUGUUAUGCUUUUAUCUUAUGGUUAACAAAUGUAAAAGCUAUUAAAACAUGCUCGUUUGAGUUUUCUACAGUACAGAAAUGUAAAAUGAAAAAGGACAUUCCUUUUCAUGGUCUGCACACAGAAGUAAUAAUUAUUUGGUUUGCUGUUCUUCCAGACUUAGACAUAUACAUAAUUAAGCAAAAAUGUGUUAAUAGCUGACACUUGUCACUGUAUACAAGCACUGUUGGAAGUGCUUUACCAUGGAUUAACUCUUAAUCGUCACAGCGAUCAUAUGAGUGUGGUGGGUACAUAUCCCUAUUUUACGUGAACUGCACUGAGACUUGCCUCCUCCCUCCCACUUUGAUGUAGACAUUGUUUUUUUAUAGCUACAUACUAAUCCAUUGCAUCAAUACACUGUAACUUAUUUAGCCAACCCCUAUUGGUAGGUAAUUUGGUUAUUUCUGAUUCUUUAUUAUAGGUAAAGGUAGAGUUAACAUCCGUAUAUAUUUUGCUGCCUGUGUUGGUAUUUCUGUGGGAUAAAUAGCUAGAAGUGGAAUUAUUGGGUCAGAAAACAUGCACAUUUAACAUUUUGAGAAAUACCAUCAAAAAGAUUGUACCACUUUACAACUCCAUCAGUAGUCAGAGUGCCUUUUUGCCUACACUCCCAACCAACACUGAAUCCUUCAAUAUUUUUGCCACUCUGAUAGGCAAAAAUUUAUCUUUCUUUUCUUUGUUAAUAAGAAGGAACAUCUUUUCAUAUGUUUAUUGGCCAUUUUCAUUUCCUAUUGUGAAUUGCAUUUCCCCAUUUUUUUUAAUUAUGGAAGUAUAAAUGACUACCAUCUCAGUGUACUUAACUCUUACACAAGACUGAAGAGAGACCCUUUUCUGCAGCGUUUCCUAUCACAUUCCACUGCCCACAGUUUAGUAUACGUUAUUCUGAUCUCCUUUCCAUAAUUUCCAUGUGAAUAUACAUACACAUAUAAAUGCUGUUUUUACAUAAAUAGGAUCAUAUAUAUGUAUUCUGCAGCUUGCUUUUUUUUUUUGUCUCAGAUCCUGAGGUCUUUAAAUUUCUUUAAUGGUUGAAUAGUAUUCAAUACUAUGAAAAUACCAUUAUUUAACUAUUCCCUUAUUUUUUCUUUUGCUAUUACAUUGCCGAAGUAAAGAUCUCUUUCAUAUCUCUUUGUGCACGUGUGUGAAUAUGUCUUUAGAAUGGAGUAUAAGAUAGAUUGUUGGGACAAAGGGUGUGCUCUGGUAGACCCACCUUAGCCUUCCCAAAGGCCCUCAUAACUUUCUGUUUUCACCAACUGUAUAGAAAGUGCUUAUUUCCCCAUAUAGCCUUACCUACACUUGAUAAUUUUCAUCUGAUGGGCAAAAAAAAAAAAGGAUCAUUUUGCAUUUCCCUGGUUAAUGGUGAGGUUGAUUACAUAUAUUUAUUGGCCGUUUAUAGUUUUAUCAUGGAUUGUUUGUAUCCUUUACCUGCUCUUCUGUUGGGUUAUGUGUGGAUAUAUGUUGUUUUUGUUCAGCAUCUCUUUCCCCAUCUUGUGAUAACAGAAUCCUUAUUUAUUGUGGGGAACCCAUUCCCUGUGGCUUAGGUGAGUACGUAACCAGGCCUGGCCCUCCUGAGUCCCACAGCUCCUUAGCCACAGUGAUUAAAGAAUGGGCAUGUAACUCAAGCCAGGCUAAAGAAAGCCCUCAACAGAACUUCUGCUGGAACUCUUGGAAAGAACGCUCGACAGAGAUCUCACGAACUAAUGACUGUGUAAGCCUGAAAAUUUGUACCAUGUGGAGAGAGUCUGAGGGGAAACUCAGAGGCUAGCAGAAAGGAAUGAGAACUAAGUUCUGAUGUCAAUUUUCUGGAGGCCCUAGAUCCAGCUGUGCCUAAAGCCUGCCCUACCUCUGGACUUUAACGUUUUGUGAGCCAAUAAAGUCCCUUUCUUGUUUAAGAUAAUUGAAUUGGAUUUCUGUCCUGAUUAAUAUAGGUUAUUUGUAUUUUCGUAUCAAUUUUUAGAAAACCUUUGUAAUUUUAAAUUCUAGACUUAAUGCACUACAUAGGUUAAUAAAAUUAGCAUGGCGUUCCAUGA